AUGAGCAAAGCAAUCGCUCGGAACCGCAGCGCCUCGCCUGCCACGGGCACUUCGCAGAGUUUCGGCACGAGCUACAGAUCCCAGAGUCGAAUCGCAGCCAUAGCAGAAGAAUCCAUCGCCCAGGACUUGGAAGAUGAAGCGCUCGAGGACAAUGAAGAAGCUUCGGAAGAGAGCCCGUUAGAAAGAAUCAACACGGCCGAGAGGAUAGCAGUGGGACCGCAUUCCAUGACCGGGUAUUACAGACGGCCCUCGUACAUGGCCACCACGCCGCGUCCGUUCCUCGGCACCCAGCAGCCUGAACACGUGGUUCCCGUGGAGCAGGAUUGGGAAGCUGCCAUUGGGGAGGAAAGGAGUCUGUUGAGGGAUAAUGGAAUCAUUCCGCCGAAGCAUCCGAGGGGCAGGAGUGAGGGGGAAGCUACUGGAGACGGAGGGAAGGGGUUGAGGAAGAUUCUGAGUCGGAUAAGUACGAGGCGGAAGAGUCGGGUGGAUGAGGAAGCUGUUGACGACAGGAUAGAGCCGAGUGAGAACACGGCUUUGCUAGGUGAUGGGGGAAGGGAUCCGACUGCGCCGUAUGGAGGGGAAGGUUCGCCGGAGAACGUUUCGAAGAAGUGGGAGGAAGCUGUUGAAGGAGGCAAGAUCCAAACUUCGUGGAAACGGGAGGCGAAAGUGCUGGGCCGAUAUUCGGGGCCUUUGAUCUUCACCUUCAUCUUGCAGAAUUCUCUGACUCUGACUUCGAUUUUUACUGUCGGGCAUAUUGGGAAGAAUGAGCUCGGAGCUGUGAGUCUGGGGAGUAUGACAGCAAAUAUCACCGGAUACGCGGUCUACCAGGGCCUGGCAACAAGUCUGGACACGCUUUGCGCGCAAGCGUACGGCAGUGGAAAUAAGAAGCUGGUUGGCUUGUACUUACAACGCAUGAUCUACUUCCUCUGGGCCAUCACAAUUCCCAUCGCAAUCAUCUGGGCAGCCGGAACAGAGAUUCUCGACCUCAUCGUGCCCGAACGCGAAAUCGCCGAGCUAGCAGGCGCAUACCUCAAGAUCCUCAUCAUCGGUGCUCCAGGUUACGCUUGCUUCGAAAGCGCAAAACGCUACGUGCAAGCACAGGGAAGAUUCGAGGCGACACUCUACGUCCUCCUAAUCGCCGCUCCGCUGAACAUCCUCAUGCACUGGCUUUUCGUCUGGAAAUUGGAAUGGGGCUUCAUCGGCUGUCCCAUCGCCGUCGUCAUUACAGAAUCUCUCAUGCCAUUGCUCCUCUUCCUCUACGUCCGCUUCUUUGGCGGAAUGGAAUGCUGGCCAGGCUUUUCACGUAAAGCAUUCACAAACUGGGGUCCCAUGGUUCGUCUCGCACUCCCCGGUCUAGUCAUGGUCCUCGCCGAAUUCCUCGCCUUCGAAAUCCUCACCCUAGCUUCCGCACGGAUAUCAGCCACCCAUCUCGCCGCGAACACAGUCCUUCAAUCCCUUAGUGUCCUAACCUACCAACUCCCCUUCCCCCUUUCCAUCGCAGCUUCCACGCGCUGUGCAAAUCUCGUCGGUGCAGGACUCCCAGACGCAGCGAAGACCACGACCAAAGUCACCUUCGUGCUUGGAACUAUCAUUGGAAUCUUCAACAUGGUCGUCCUCUCCUCGCUGAGAUUCUACAUCCCAUGGCUUUUCACCUCGGAAUUGGAUGUGGUGGAAUUGGCAGCAGCCACCUUGCCCGUGAACGCCGCCUUCCAGCUCUUCGACGCUCUAGCGGCGCAAUGCAAUGGUCUCCUCCGAGGUCUUGGAAAGCAGGCAAUCGGAGGGUAUAUCAACCUCUUCGCGUAUUAUGUGGUAAGUUUCCACCCCCUCACCUCAAAAAAGCAUUCAAGCGAAAAAGUGUUGACUUGGUUUUGUUCUUGUUGUUAGAUCGCCCUCCCCCUCUCUUUCGGUCUAGGCUUCGGUCUCCACUGGGAUUUAAUCGGACUCUGGACCGGUCCCGCGAUAGGCUUGGCAAUCGUCUCCGCUCUGGAAGGAAUCUACAUCUACCGGACGAAUUAUGAAAAGGCUUCAGAGGAAGCCGCGCAGAGGAAUGCUGCUGCAUAG